AUGCCGUACACAAACUACUUCGACAACCCUUACCUUAGCGAGCCAGCUCCGGACUACUCGCUGAACACCUUUUUCGACUCCGACUCAUUUUUCGAUCAAGCUCUCACAUCCGUAGAGGGUGUAUCCGAUACGACAUCAAAAGUACAAGAGACCUUCAAUCCGACAUUUCCAGCGACAAACAUCCCUUCCAGAAACAACGACCAACCUAUGACGCAAACAUUUAACACACACCCCAGUCAACUCGAGCAAUAUCCAUUUGGCUUCGGGAUAAAUACCGGGCAAUUCCAACCGAACGAACCAGAGAGUUUCUCCCCCACAAGCACAACCUCGCAACCCUCGUCGCUUGGUGGAGACGCGCCACAACCGCUCAUAUCGCCUUCUCUUUCACCCCACAUGCUAAAGCGCGAAUCCCCAUCGUCGCCAACCUCUGCGUCCGAAUCAUCCACCCCCAAACGGCCCACGAGGAAGCGGGGUCGGCCGAAGAUGGACCGUAAUAGCACCGACAGCAGCCAAGUCAUGGCUUCUCCAACCACUACAAAAUACCAGCGCUCGAAACGAUUACCGCAUAACCAGGUUGAGCGCAAGUAUCGAGAAGGACUCAACUCCGAGUUGGAGAGAUUGAGAAGGUCGGUGCCAAUACUCAGGCAGAGCGACGAGGUUGGUGCGAUAGGGCAGCCGAAACCGAGUAAAGCGAUGAUCUUGUCGUCAGCGAUUGAAUAUAUUCAAAGUAUUGAGAAAGAGAGGGAUGCGCUGAUCGAGGAGAAUGAUAGAUUACGACGGGUUCAAUAUGAGGCUUCGCAGCAAAAUAGCUGGGAUGGAAUGAACCUUUGA